CUAACGAUGUCGCUAAAAACGCCUCCACGAGACCGCGAGUCUCUUGUCAGUGUUGUUAUUGUCCGAAAACCCGAUCAUGGCGUUCACCUUUGCAGCAUUCUCAUAUAUCAUUGCAUUGAUAGUGGAUGCAUUUCUAAUAUUUUUUGCCAUUUUUCAUAUAAUUGCAUUUGAUGAGUUGAAGACUGAUUACAAAAAUCCAAUAGAUCAGUGCAACAGUCUAAAUCCGCUGGUGUUACCCGAGUAUGGCUUGCACAUUCUGUUCAACGUGCUCUUCCUGUGUGCAGGAGAGUGGUUUUCGUUGUUCUUGAACAUUCCUCUCAUUGCAUAUCAUGUCAACAGGUACCGAAGCCGUCCUGUGAUGAGUGGUCCAGGUCUGUAUGACCCAACCAGCAUCAUGAAUCAUGAAGUUCUAAGUCAGUGUCAACGAGAAGGCUGGAUCAAGCUAGCCUUCUACCUUAUGGCAUUUUUUUACUAUCUGUAUGGGAUGAUUGUUUCCCUUAUCUCAGCCUCGUAAGAGAUGUCAGAAGAAUUUUUGGAGUAUAGGCAGAAUCAAUACAAGUUCUUAAUAAUGUAUAGUAUUGUGUGUAAUGUAAUCUACAGUAUCUUUAAUGCCUCUCUGAACACUUAAUGAGUGUCAGAAUGUGAUAACUGUAUGAUAAGUCCAAGGUUAACUGUUAUUGUAACAGUUUUUCCUUCAGUGAUUAUGUUCUAAAUUGCCUUUUUUUAUAGAAUUGUAUUGAUUCAAUAAAUGAAAUGCCCUCAUAUUGCAUUUGAAGAAGUGCAUGAAGGUGCUUAUGAUCAGUUUUAAACUGUUGCUAAGAACAAACUACAGUAUCUUUCCUGCAUUUAUAAUUUUGUCCUGUGGGUGUGUGUUUGGUUAUACAGUACAGUACUGUAUUUAUUCUUUUUGUUGGUGAUCAGAGUGAACUCAUUUGAUUUUCAUAAGUGAAAACAUCCACUCAGAGAAGAUACUGUGUAUGAUAAUACCUUUUGUAGGUUUUCAUAAAUGUAAAUAUUACAUUUUUUCUACAGAAUUGUAAACUGUUGCUAGUAAUGUCUUCAAAGUACAUUGCUGAAUAAUACCCCAUAGUAAGUGUGGAUUUUCUCUUAUACAUGGCUAUUUGAUCAUUGUUUGACCUCAUUAACUUAUUGGAACCUGUCAGUUUAGUUAGAGAAUCACACAGUCAUUUUGUUGCUGAUUCCAUCAGUAACUGUUAUGCAUUGAUAACAUUCCCUAGGAUUCUUGUUUUAAAAUUGGCAUGGCAAGACACUGACAGCUUGCAGUAUACUUAAGGAUGGUUAUGUUGUCACAACUUUUGUCCUGUAGCUUAUGUACCUGCAAUCUGUGCAGAGUGAAUACGAUUUGCGCACACUUGAUUAAUGUUUCCUAUGGAGUUAUGUAUUGUGUGAAUUAUGUUUAUUAUACUUGACAUAGGAGAUAUGUAUUGUGUGAGAUUGUUUAUUAUACUUAACAAGUCCAAGGGGCAGAAUUUUAAAUUCCCUUUUUGAGUAUCGUUGAAGACCCUUAUGUUGUGGAUGUUGGGGAUGAGGGUUUCAGAGUAAUUACUUGUAAUAUGACUGAUUACUCACUUUCAAUAGUACUGCAGCUAUAUUACCAAGGGCUUUCUCACCCUCCAUUCUCCCUCCCCCCUCACUGCCAUACUUUGUUUUCUCUCUCUUUUUUGCUGCAAAUAUUAUUAAUGUACACAAAACAAAACCUAAAGGAGAUGAAGAUGGAUGUCAUUACUCUCAUCUGUCAUACUUUGAGCAGAUAACAUGAUUAUGUAAAGCCCAAAUACCUAUGUCAAACGUAGUCCUCCAUGAUGAACCUACAGUUCUUAGGCUAUGAAGGUCAGUUACAUAUCCAGGUGGUUCUCCUAGGGUAGCUAAUACUGGAGGUAUAGUAGUAUUGUUCCUCUUUGGUCAGGCCACUCUGGAGAGCAGGAGUCCUUUCUUGAUGAAUUUGCUGUUGAUUCUUCCAUGCAGAAAUCUAAUUUAUUCAGGAAAGACAAAUUUAGUUAUAGAUACAGUGUCCAACACAAAUAAAUGUUGAUUAUCAUUACUCUGAACCCACGUGAGCACAGAAAAAAUUAUAAACGAGAUUUAACUCGGUACACAUUGAAAGCAUUUUGUAAUGAUUAGUCAAGAUUCCUUACUCUCACAACUGAGAGUUAUUUCUAGCUUUGGAGAACAAAUUGCACAGUUAUGUUAUUUUAGAUCACAAAUCUGGUGUACAGCUGAUAAUGAAACUACUGAAAAGAAUUUGUUUAAAGCUUUUCAAAAUUAUGUAUGAAUGAAAUUACGUAAAUGGCAAAAUAUUGUUUUUUAAUUAAAGUUUUUUCAUACGAUCCCAUUAUUCACAUAUGGCUUUUGCCUAUAAUCUUGUCCCCAAUGAUGUCAGGUUCACCAAUUUUUUUCUCAAAUGGAAGAAGGUUCUUUCUCCAGACAGGCCAUCUGAAUACACAGGUAUGCAUGAGUCAUAAACACACUUUAUUAGGACAGGGAUACAAGGAUUUGUCUUUCAUAUACGAGUAUCUUGGGCAAAAGCUGGUCCUGUUGUUGAAGCUUGGUAACAAGUUUGUUAGCUGGAUGUCGACCUCACUUUUCUUUUGGCCCAAGGCAUCUCCGUUGCUGCUCGGGUCGUGGAACUUACUCUGUUUUGAAGCUUUCAUUAUAAUUGUCAUAUAAUUGUCUCUGUUUGUUCAUUAUAUAAGGAAUACUUGAAUAAUGAAUUAAAAUUUCC